GGGCAAGCUAUGAUCUCCAUUGCCUUGAUGGAAGACUUUUGUUUGCAGCAUCUCUAAGGCAAGAGUUGAGCAAGCUGAUUUUCUCAAACUUUUGCCCUGUUAUUUGAAGGACCAUUGAUUCACCCGAGGCUAAUGCCUUUUCGUUAAUACCUUUUUUUUCCUUCUGACUAGGAAAGGAGGAGGAAGGAAGGGAGUGAAUGAGAAGUUGGGUUGAUUGAGGGGGGAAAAAACCAGAGCCAUGCUGCCCCUAGUGGUGAUAGCUGGGAAGGCAAGUGUAGUCGGCGAGCAGUUGCUAUUUUCAGCACCAUUGGCGGUGGACAGCUCCAGGGAGCGUGUAAAGGGCUCCUCUUCCCAAAGAGCUCCUCUUUCCAGGCUAGAUGGGGAUAAGGCAGGAGGUGGUGAGGCAACCUGAAAUACUCCUGGCGAGAGAGACUGACCUCUUCUGAACCGGCCUGGCAGGAGCCUAGAGAGGCUGAGAGGGGAAAGGGAAACAUGUUGCAUGUGAGCCCUUCUCUAUGUAGGAGAAGAGACAGCACCCCCCUGAGAGAGGUGGGAGGCGGCUCUCUGAAACAAAGCUUCCCACUCCAGCUUCGAUCAGAGCCAGCUGGUGGUACAGAAGAGCCCUGCAGCCAGGAUCAAAGAAGUCCUCUUCUCAGAAGGCACCAGCCCUGGACGAUGCCUCAGCUCAGCUCAAGUUCCCCACUGCCCUGAUGUGACCAGAUGAAGUUCACACAUCACAGGGUACCCUUCUUUUAUUUCUUGACUGUUAUCAGCUGCUUCCUGGGACCGUCCCUCUCUAUCUCUCUGAGGAUUUCAUUUCUAUGUUUGUUUGGCUCUUUUUGAAUGGGAGAAGAAAAUUGCUUAAAGGCAUCAAUCUCCUUCGCCAUCUCUGAAGUGAGACGGAAGUUCAGAAAAUCAGAAGAGUAACCAUCUUGAGGAUGCCAUGUCUGUUCAGUAAAGUCCAGAGCCACUUGUGAGACGCUGGCCACCAUGUUUGUUGAAAAGAGCAACACUCCUUUGUCUCAGAAACCAAGUAAGAAAAAGACCAGGCCACAGGGUCUGCCUUCCCCAGCUCUUUGCUGUGCUUGUGGUCUGUGCAUCAUGCUAGCAGGGAUUAAUAUCACUCUGGUGGGUGCCUUUGCUUUUGGAACAUUUCUGCCUGUCAACAAUCCUCCUAUUGUCAUUGGGCCCAUCCUUUUGGUGGUGGCAUUCACUUUCUUUGGAGCCUGUUGCAUCUGCAGCCGAAGGCCACCCGCUCAUGGCACAAGGAAAUCUAAAACUGGGGCCAACAUUGGGCUCAUCAAACCUGGCAACACGGCUUUUGAGAUUGAAACCAGUGAGCAUACUGUGCAAGACACGACUGCCGUGCAGUUGAGCCCAACCAACUCUCCAAUGUCCUCCAAGAAAUCCACGCCGAUUCAUGAGAAUUCUAAGACUUGCAAACUCUUUACGAUGGACAGCAAUGGGCCAGCAGCCAAGUACACAGCUGGUGGAGAAUCAAUACAGCUGAAUUUGCCCAGAGACAUUGCUAUGUCAUAAACCAAAGAGGAGAAUAUUUAUGAAUAGCUGGGCAGCAGGCAUUUCAGCAUGUGACCAGAUGGUCAAAUGAGUUUUCAGUGCAGCAAGCAUCUGGAAUCAAUUUAGAGUUGGCCAACACAUGCAUUUGAAUAUGUUGAAAAAUUUAAGGGAAAGCAGUAAUAAGAUGGUAAUUAGAAAUCAAUACACAGCAGUAGGGGGAAGUGCAAGACGCUUGGGUGGAGGAACUGAGUUUUGAGCAAUGAAAUUAAAAUGAAAUAUGGAAUAUAUAAAUCAAUAGCAUGCAGCUAGCACAUCUAGAAUAGCCUCGAUUUCAUUCAUUACUUUAAUGGGCUUGUGAAUGUUAACUUGAUGAUCUGGAUUUGAUGAUGCAGAGCAGUGGAAAAAUACAGAUUCUGUUGUUAGGCAGAAUAAUAGCUUGCUAUAAAGCAAUGGUAACAAGGGGAAAACCAUCUGUAUUCGGUUUAUUUAUUUUGAUGCCAAAUGAGGCAAUUAAAACCGAUCAUGCCUCUUUUGAUUUUCCCUAUGCCCGCAUUUUCAUUCUUUCAUUGGUUUCUGCAGAAGUCUCUGGAAGAUACAUGCAUCAAAUAUCUUCUUUUUCAGCCUUUCUUCACUUUCUAGCUUGUAGCUGGCCAUUGGCUGUGCUGGGUAGCAUAAAUGUGGCAUGAAAUAAUAUUUUUACAACUGAUUCGGUAUCUGCAGGUUGACCUGAACACCCAUUUCUUUGGAAAGAAAAUUUGGCUUCUGAAAAGUUGAUGCACAAAUAUGGAAACAUGCACAGAUACACAUAUGUGUCCUAUAGAGAAGAACAUUGCUGCAAAAAUGAACAUUUUGAUCUCCGUAUAAUCAGCUAGAGUCUUUCAUUUGGGGAAAACUGUAACACAGAGCUUUUUUUUAAUGGAAUGAGUUGUGUGGUCCAGAUUCUGUAUAUGUAUGAGUGAUUCAAUGAACACACUCUCUUGUGUCUUUUACCUGUAUCAAACUACUUUGCAUCCUAUUGAAUUCAGCAUAAACGAUGCUUCUGUGUAAAGAACAGGUCUUUUCUUGUAGUCAUCACUAGAAGUGAAAAUGGUGUAAGUAAUGGCACGCUUAAAAAAUUCCUUAGUUGUCAAUUCAGAUAAAGUUGUUUGAUCAUGUUUAACUCCGAUUGCUCACAAUAUUCAUUUUUUAUUUCAGAAAUUGUUUGUACUCUAAAAGUAAAGUGUUAUAAUUAGAUAGAAUUUUGAGGAAGGGAAUUUUCUUGGAAACAAGCAAAGCUUGUGAGGAUUAAAAAUGUAGACCAGAGUGGAGAGGAUCAUCAAGAUAUCAUUCUGUGGAGAUUUCCCACAUGAUGUCAAUGUUUCACAAUGGAACUUAUGCAUGACUGAGAUCUCCCCAUUUGAUUUCUGACCUUUUCUAGAUUGCAGCAUUGGCCCAUUUUCAGUUCUUGUCUCUUUGUUUUCCUUACACGCUAUCAAUACACAAAAACUCAUAUUCACAUGGGUUGAAAAACAACACCCAAAAUAAAUUAUAUGCUAUACGAUGCCUAUCCCAGUAAGAUUACAGAAUGUAGGAUGAGUCAACAGUGGGUUUUUGAUUGUGAUGGGAAGGUCAAAGAAGGGGGGAGAAAUUUAGGUGGUGACAAUGUGUGGAGGAGGCAGCAAAAAUAAUGAGAAAAGGGAGGGACCAGAGGAGAAUAAUCAACUCUCCUCAGAGGCUGCCUGCAAAAAUCCAAUUAGUGAAGAAUAUUUGACAGCAGUAUUGAAUUAUCAGAAGAUGUUCAGUAUUGGAUUAAUUUAUGCAUUUCUGCAGUUAGAGUUGUUUACUGUGCUAAAUAUAAAGGGAUAUUUUGGAAGUGUCUAUCACUUGAGAGAUUACACUAUGUAACAUGAUUUUUGUUCCUGGGUUAUAAACAUCAUUUCCUGAUUGGUUCUAUCAUAAAAACAUGGAAAAAGUUUAUUAAACUGCAAAACUUUGUUUUUGCAGGACAUUCUGCAGGACAUUUUGCUAUAGUUUUUCUAUGAAUCCCACAUAGAGUCUCAACCAAUUCAACAUAGCUUGUAGCAGCCACAAAAUGAAGUUUAUGGAGUAUAGAAACUACUUUCAAAGUAAAUAGAAAAGGUAAAGGUUUUUCCCUGACAUUAAGUCCAGUCAUGUCCUACUCUGGGGUUGGUGCUCAUGUCCAUUUCUAAGCCAAAGAGCCAGCAUUGUGCGUAGAUGCCUCCAAGGUCCUGAGGCCAGCUUGACUACAUGGAGUGCUGUUACCUUCCCGCCGGAGUGGUACCUAUUGUUCUACUCACAUUUGCAUGUUUUCAAACUGCUAGGUUGGCAGAAGCUGGGGAUGACAGCGGGAGCUCACACCGCUACCCGGAUUCGAACCUGCGACCUUUUGGUCAACAAGUUCAGCAGCUCAAUGCUUUAACCCACUGUGCCACUGGGGGCUGUACAAUUAAAAAGGACACAACAUUUUCCAACCAGGAACAGUUUUUUUUUCAAAUUUUGUUACAUACUGUUAUCAAACCCAUUUGCCUCUUAUCCACAGUUGGGACUGCAUGUUUUCAAACAUGUGUGAUGGAUUCCCUCUUCAGGCUUUCCUUGCACUUCCAAACUUUUAAGCUCUUGUCAUUAACCUUGCACAUCUUCUUCUUAAGAUCCCUCCCUAUUUUGGAUAUUAGGGUUUGAAGGUGAUCCCUAUUUGGAUUAGUGAAACUGUUGUUCAGUAAGUUCAUUGUGGUAAAUGUGACCAGAAGCUGUACUGAAACUUAUCAGGAACAGCAAACAAUUGCAAAAAAACAACAACAAAAACAACAACAGCAGCUACAAGUGCAACAUAGUUUAUACAUUAAACCCUGAACCAUUAAGUCACACAUUAACCUCUAAUUCAUUUAAUCAGCGUAUUCAGUUAUUUCCUCUGACCCCUGUCACAGUUACAACAAUUGGAUUUUUGUAGGGUGCAGUAGAGUAAAUUAGGUGCACAGCCCUAUUAGGUUAUUAAUUUAGGCCCCUAAUCCUGUUGGUUGUCAACGUCCACUCCUGCCUGAAACAAAGCAAGAAUUUUGACACAGUAAUGAAACUUUCUCAAGCUUUGCCUUUGCAAAUGUUUUAAUAAGCAUGCACAUGCACUGGGGUACACUGGUGCAGACAGAAAGGAGAGAAAAUAAGAAUGACAACAGAGAUUGAAAAGAAAUAGUAGUUAAAAUAUUUAAUCACUUAUAAUAUGUAUAUGUCACCAAUACCUAAGGUAUUAGGAUGGUGUAUUAUGAUUGUAUGAAAGAUAGCUUCACUCCUUUUAUGAUGUAACUACAAUAUUUUAGCAAGCUUCUAUAGUUAUGAAGUUGCCAUCACAUGAUAUCUCAGAAGGCAUGUCACACAGUUCAGGUACUAGCUCUGUCUGCUUCACCCUACUCUGUUGUGCACGUUGAGGCAAUGACAAAGUAGAAGGGGGGGCGGGGGCAGUCUGUAUUUUGUACAGUGACAUAUCUCAUUCAGGUUUUAUUUUUUAAAAAAUAGUAAAAGUAAGUAUUUUAAUUAGUUUUGUAAUGAAAAAGCCAGAAAUUAUCCUAAAAGCUGCAACAAAGAACAGUAACUUAACCAAUUGCUUUAAAAAGUUGCUUGCAAUCACAUGCACUGAACCUACUUAUGCACAAAUCCUGACACCCAUAUUAGAUUUCUUUGAGAUAGUCUGGAGCUUAUUUAUGGAAACCUCUGUGAUGGGGCCCUAUGCCAGAGAAUUCAAAAAGCCAUGCCCUGAACUACAUUUCCCAGAAUUCUGCUCAGCAUCAGAAAACCCCAUUCAGGAUAGGGGAGAGCUAUUUUCCCUCCGUAGCAGCAGCCAUGCAGAGUUCCAAUAAAUUGUUGAAUCUGCAAAGAGGAGGACUGACUGAUACUUCUAGUAAGUAAAUCUCUGUGCUGGGUUGGAAGGAAAUCCUUAAAUGGAAGUUCUAUUGGUUAAUACGAGAGAGAUUAAAUGAAAUAGCUGUUGUGGCCUUUUUUUCCUCCCCCCCCCCUUUUUUUUUGGUCAAAACUUUAAAAAUUCCCUAAAAUCAG